AUUUCUGGUGGUUGCAAGCCAAAAAAAGAAAAUCGCGCGCGCUCUCUCAUUCUCUCAGCAGUUUUUACACCUAUAGCUGCGCUAGCUGUAAAUGUUGUUGCUGCUGCUGCUGCUGCUAGGCCCAGCAUGAUUCUAUGUCGUGCGUCAGAUUCUGUUUGUUUUUUUUUAUAUAUAUAUUCUUGUUUCUGUUGGUUUCUGGAACAGAAAUUGAUUCUACAAUCACCGGUUGUUGUUGUUGUUGUUGUUGUUGUGUUCAUAUUACUGGUUUUGUUUUGAAUGAAAAAAAAUAUACAUACAUACCAAAGUUUGUUUUUAUAUCACCAAGGUGAUUUUUUUUUAUGUUUCGUUUCUUCUGGAACACACGGCAUAUUUCACCAAUUAUAUUCACUACACCUCAUUUUUUUUCUGACUACGUUUACAAUAAUUUUUUUUUGAUGUUAAAUGUUCUUCGUGUGUGUGUGUGUGUGUGUGUGUAGUAGUGUGUUUCAAUUCACAAUUCAUUUCGUUUGACUUCGAUCACACACCAACAAAACAAACCUAAUUUCGUCCUUAUUCGUCACCAUUCACCUGAAUGUCCUAUAUGGAAAUAAUAUAGUUCAACUAACUGUAUUGUAGGUAUAUCUAAUCUUUUUUUUCUCUUGAAAAAAAGGUGACCAUCGUAAAUAUCAAUAUUCAAAAAUAAUAAAAAAUGGGCGACACUGCCGAUCUACUCGAUUUAAGUUCGAUGCUAGAUCAACCAACCACAGCAACAACAACGAAUCCAACGACGAAUUCUUUAUUAUUGACUAACAAUAGUUAUAGUGAUCAACAAUCAAAUUGUGAUUCAUUGGUAAUGAUUAAACCACCAUUAAUGUUCAAAAAUAAUACAAACCCAAUGAUAAUCGAUAAUAAUCGUGAUGAAAACAAUAUAUCGAUUACACCACCAACGACUGUUCAUCAUCAUCAACAACAACAACAUCAGAUUCUGUUAUUCGAUGAUCAUAAUAACCGCAAUAUGAAUAGUGAUACAAUGUUUGCCACAUCAAGACGUACUAAAGAAAGAAUCGAUGAAUUUGAAUCACAGCUAGAAUGUUUUAUUAAAACCAAACGUUUAUUAUUGGAACAGUUUGCCGAAGAAACACAGAUACUUGUACAGAAACAUGAACAUGAAAUUGUUGGUUUACGACAAAAACAUCUUGUAUGUGAAAAUAAUUUCAAAUCACAAUUGGUGAAUGCAAUGCAAAAAAUUCAUACAUUAGAAACAAAAUUGGAAACCGAACAAUCAUUAUUGAAAUCAAAAAUCGAUAUGUUUGAAAAAGAUUUACAAAAAUCACAUAAUGAUGCAAAAUUGUUGAAAGAUUCAUUGGAAAUGGCAUUGAAUGAAAAAGAUAAACAGAAUGAUGAUUUAAGAAAAUUUAAUCUUAAUCUUGAAUCGAAAUUGAAAUUAUUACAAUCUGAAUAUAAAAAUCGCCGUCAACAAUUGGAAGAUAAACUGCGUGAAUAUGAAUUGAAUCAGGAUAAAGAUUUUCAGGAAAUUAAAAAAUUACGUGAUGAUUUGAGUCAUUCGAUUAAAGAAAUUUCCGGUCUACAACAUGAACUGAAUGAAAUACGUCAAAAUUUAUUCAGUAAAGAAGCUUAUUGUUCCAAAUUGGAAAAAGAAUUGGAAGAAUGUAGGAAACAAUUGAAUUUAGAAUUGGAAUGUAAAAAAGAAUCCGAUGAUAGAAUACAAGCAUUACGAGAAACAUUGAAAGUAAGCCAACAGGAAAAUGAUACACUACAAUCACGAUUAACUGAUACACAGCAUCGUAUGGGUGAUGAAAUUGAAAAAUUAAAAUCAUUGAUGACCAAUCAACAAAUAAAUCAUGAACAAAAAUUUCGACGAUCAAUUGAAGAGAAAACACAAUUGGAAGAAAAAUUUAAAAAUGAAUUGGCUACAAUUGAACGCAAUUUACAGCAAUCACGUCAUGAUUAUGAAACCAUACAGCAAGAAUUACAACAAACAACCGAUGAAAAACAUAAACUACAACGACAAUUGGAGAAUCAAAUUGAAAAAUCAAUAACGGACAAACAAUCAUUGGAGAUUGGCUACAGUAAUCGUAUUGGUGAUUUGAAUAAAAAACUAUCCGAUACAGAUACCAGAUUGAAAUUGAUGACCGAUAAAUAUGAAACGGCAAAUAAUGAAUUGAUUAAAGUUCAAAAUUACAUCGUCGGUGUUGAGAAUGAUUUGAAAACGAAAAAUUCAGAAAUUCUAAAUGUUCAUGAAAAAUAUAACCUAUUGGAAAUGGAUCGGCUAUCUGUGUUGAACGAAAUGGAAAAUGUCAAACGAUCGUUGCAUUUAGAAACGGUGGAAAAGAAAGAAAAAUCCCGUCAAAUUGAUGAAUUAAAUGAAUCAUUAUCUUCUAGUCAAAUUGAAAUUGAAAAACUUAAAAAUGUUAAUGAUCAAUUAAAACGUUCCAUUGAAGAAGGUGAUAAUCUUCGAUUUACAUUGAUCAAAGAUUGUAAUGAAUUACGUGAAACAUUGGCUGAAGUGGAAAAAUCUCGUCUCGAUAUUAAAAGCAAACUGAAUAGUUGUCAAUUCAAUUGUGCAACAUUGAAUAAUCAGCUCAAAAAACGAGAUCUAGAAUUGGAAGAUCAUAAACGUAAAUUAAAUUCUUAUGGUGAAGAGAAAAAAUUCUGGCAACAAGAUCUGGAUUCUACUGGACAAUCAUUGACACAAAUGAAAACUGCCUAUGAACGAUUAUAUCAACAAAAUGUUUUACUACAAGAUAAAUUAUCGCAAUUAGAAUCGGAAGCCAAUGUUCAUCAAAAAAUUGAUCAAUCGAAUAGAACAUCGCAAACAACCGAAAAAGAAAUGAUACGUCGUUUAACACGUGAAUGUGAACAAUCACGUGAUCGUAUUGCUAAGCUAGAAAGUGAAAAAAAACAUUUCGAACGAUUAUAUAUUCAAAUGGAACGUGAAUAUAAUUCAUUGAAAAAUUCAUUCAAUACACAAAAUCAUCGUGAUUUUAUGAACGCAUCAUUAUCACCAUCAACAAUAAGUGCCCAUAAAGAUUCAACAAAUGGAUCGAUAUUAUCGUUAACACAGCUUUUGAAAAAUGAUUUCACAACACCGAAUCCUGUUUGGGAUGAUAAUACUAAUCGUAGUUUAGAAACAUUACGUCAGAAAAAUAAUGAACUUAGACAAAAAGUGCUUGGUCGACCAACGGAGUCUAAUACCAAGAAAACAACGAUGAAAAUGUUAUCAUCAUCAUUGAAUACAAAUACAGAUUGCUGUGAAUGUAUCUAUCAUCAUCAUCAUCAAACAACAACAACAACAAAAUCAUAGGAUUGAAUCAACAUCGAAUCAUGGAAUCACUGCUAUCGAUAAUCAUAAACAUAAUUUAGAUGUCGCUGUUGAUGAUGGUGAUGAU